AUGGGGAAGAAGGCUCGCGAGCGUAAGAAGGCCGGCAGCCUGGCGCUGGAGGAUGUAGCGGUCCGCCGUGAACCCGCGAAGGACGAGUCGGGAGACGAGAUGCGGAUGAGUGAUGACGAGGGAGCGGCGCUGGGCUCAGCAAACCCGUUCGGCUUCCUUGCUGCUGGCGGCGACGACGUGGACGGGGACAAGGGGGCGGACAAGGGCGAGGACCUGAAGAUGGACGACGACGCAGACAUCUUCGGACUCAAAGCGCAGCGGUCCCAGGUGUCGGCGCGCCAGCGCAAGCGGCAUGCGUCGCGCUCGCCCGGGGUCGCGCUGAAGCUGACGGGCAAGCGGGGGAACAACACCAUGAAGCAGCGCCGACGAAAGUUGCAAGCCGCGGAGAAGGCGAUCAGCUUCAACAGCAAACUCGGCGCGAAGGCAACGCGAGUCAAGUCGAAAGCGCUGACGCGCAAGAAGCUCAGCAACCUCUACUAG